UGCAUUAUACUAGUUGCAACUUAUCUCGAGGUUAUAAUGAAUAUUGUAAGGUGGUUGGUUAAGUGAAAUAAGAGAUAUAAUUUUGUCAUUAAUAAUAACAAUAAUGUUUGAAGGAGCUAUAGCAGCGUUUUUAAAUCGUCUUUUGGGCAGAUAUGUUGAAGAUUUAGACACAGAACGAUUUAAUAUUGGUAUUUUUUCCGGUGACACAUGUCUCACAGAUCUUAAAUUAAAACCAGAAGCUUUGUAUCAACUUGGAUUACCCAUACGUGUAGAGGCUGGUCUAAUAGGAAAAAUAAUUUUAAAGAUACCAUGGACUGGAUUACUUUCACAGCCAGUCGUUAUAUAUAUAGAGGAUAUAUUUAUAGUAGCUGUUCCUAUAUUAUAUGGCCAAUAUAAUGUGGAAUUGCAAAAGAGAUUAUUAAGAGCUGAAAAAAGGAAAAUAUUGGAAGAUCUUGAGGGAGAUGAAGCAUUUACUGCUGGAUUGCCCCUCAAUUUUUUUGAUGGCAUAGUGACAUCUAUUAUGAGGAAUUUUCAGAUUACAAUAAAUAAUAUACAUAUUAGAUAUGAAGAAAAACUUUUCUGCAAUUCUUUAUCUGCUUGUGGUAUUUGUAUACAAAGUAUAUCUAUGACAACAACAAACAAUAAAUGGAAACCAGGAAUUUAUUCAACUAAUUCACAAACCCUUUAUCAACUGGUACGGGCUGAGUCUCUUAGUAUAUACAUGGAUCAUGAUACAGAGUCUUCUCUACAAAGUUGUCCAUCUAAAUGGGAUCUUGCCAGUUUUCUUGCAUGGAAAGGGACAAUGCUCAAAUCACUCCAAACAUUUGGCAUGAGAAAUAAAGAAUUUCAGUUUUUAUUAAAGCCAUUCACAGCAAAAAUAAAAGUAAUUAUACAUAAGGGCAGUGAUGUGCAAACUUCACGAAUUUUAAUUGAUAUUGUUCUUCAAGAUGUAGCAAUGCAAAUUUCAGAAAUGCAGUAUAUUACAUUUUGCCAUCUAUAUGAUUCUUUACAAAGAGCAAUUAUUAACAGACCUCAUCGAAAAUAUAGACCUCAGAAGAAAAUUCAAGAGAGCCCUUCAUCAUGGUGGAAAUAUGCAUAUUAUUCUGUCCUAGAUCAAUACAUUAGACCAUAUAUUUGGAAAAAUAUAGAAAAGCAUAGAAAAAAUUAUAAAAAAUAUAAAGAGAUGUAUACUCAAAUUUUAUUACAACCAAAUGAUACAGAAUUGAAACUGGAUAUGCAAAAAUUCGAAGAUAAUUUAACAAUAGUGAAUAUAGUGAUAGCACGAGAACAUGCUAGACAAGAAUUACGAAAUAAAAAGAUUAAGCAAUCCCAUGAAUCAUUAAAAGCAGGUGCAAUGAAAGAAAAAGAAGUUGUAUUUCCGAAUGAGAAUAAGUCACAAGAUAAUGCACAACCUAUUGAUCAGGAUAAGAGGAGGAUGUUCUACAAUUUACUUGAUAAUAGUCCAAGUGCAAAAAUAAAGUUGGAGAAAUUGUCAAGACCAAUUGAUUACAAAUACAAUUUUACUUUGGCAAAUUUUUCUUUGAGCUUACUAAGCAAAAAUAAGGAAGUACUUGUAGCUACUGUUACACAAUUUCUAACAAGUAUGGAGACAGCACCAAAAUUAUCAGCAUUUAAAAUUUCUGCUAGAGCAGAAAGUUGUGUAGUUGAAGGAGUUUCACAGGAAGGUGAUCUAGUUCCUUUGAUCAUUGUUGAUAAUGUUUUAACGGGGAAUGUAUCAACUAAUUUUUUGGCUUUAGACUUUGAAAAAAAUGGAAAAGAUGUGGAUCCUAGUUUCGAUCUUUCAGUAAAACUAGAAACUAUUGAAAUUAUUUAUCAUCAUUAUGCUAUGAUGGAAAUUAUUAAUUUUUUCAAAUUGGGCAAUCCUUAUAUUAAAGAUACUCUUACUUGGUCAUAUAAAUUAUGCAAUAGUGGUGUUAUGAAAUUUCUGAAUUUCAUAGAUAGUAUUACAUCACAAACGUUUAGAAUAACUUUAAAAAUCGAUAUAGAUGGGCCCUAUAUUGUAUUUCCAGAACAUGGAUCUAUACAAAGAGAAGGGUAUUUAAUGAUUUUGGAUUUUGGGAAUAUAUCAUUGGUCAAUGAAUUACAAGCAAUCAAUUUGCAAUUAGAAGAUGCUACACUUAUGGAAUUAGAAGAAUUACUUUAUGACAGACUUCAUAUUACAUUUAAUGGAGGGCAAAUUCUUUGUUGUCAUUCAGGAGAUGACUGGCGGUCUGCUAGAAAGCAAAAAGAUUCAGAAUACCACUUUAUAUCAAAAACGCAAGCAAAUGCUACUAUUUCAUAUAGUAUUAAGCCUGAAUAUCGUCAAUUACCAAGAGUGAAACUUAAUGUAUCUGUACCACGUUUGAAAUUUAAUGUAUCAGAAAGUAAAAUACAAUUGAUCAUAUAUUUUUUAAAUACUUUAUCUAUAUUUUGCUGGAAUUACACAAAGGAAUAUCAAGCAUUUAUGAAACAAAUCAAUCCUGAAAUAAAAAAUAAUAUGCUUGUUUUAUCAUUAAAAGAACUCAAACGAAUACAGCACAGUAUAUGUCUACCAACUGUAACUAAAGCUCAAAAAAAAUUUGAUCGUGUUAUGCAAGAACUUUUAAUUAAUAAUGUACCAAGGCUUGAUAGAAGUGUUGUAUCUUCUGAAGUUAGUGAAGAAGAUUUGGAAUUAUUAUCUAAAACUAUAAAUUUAUAUGGUUUUGAUGACAAUGUGUCUCCAUAUAAUCAUAUGAACUUCCUUGUAAGAUUUGCUAUUGGAGAGCUUUCUCUUCAUGUGGGAUUUAUGAAUGAAACUAGAGAAGAACCAUACUUAAAUUUAAGAUUACAUACAGUGUAUAUUGAAAGUGGCAUAAUGGAAUAUGGAUUUGCCAUCCAAUUUGGUAUUGGUUCUAUACUUCUGCUUGAUAAAACAAAUGCAGAUAUUACUGGGUCAUAUUUGGAAUUUAUAUCAACAGGCGAAUUUCACGAAGUUUUUGUUCUAUCAUACCGCAAGGUUAGAUCAGACUGUCCAGAUUUUAAAGCAUUCUUUAAAAAUAUUGAAAGAUCAUUGCUUAUAAAUCUUGUGAACAUGAAUAUUAUUCUUCAUAGACCUGCAUUGCUGAAAGCAAAAAAUUUUUGGGGCUCUAUUGAUCGAAUAUUGUGUGGAACUCUCUUAUUUGAGUUUAUUAAGAAACUUUGUUUAGAAAUUAUUGAAUGGAAAGAGAAUGAUCAUGAUCCACCCAUCCCACCAGGUGCAAUUAAGCUCAAUUAUUCUGCAAGAAUUAGUACAUUAACCAUUCGAUUAUGUGACAAGGAUGCAGAUUUAAUGAAAAUAGAAAUAUUAGGUAUAGAAAAUGAUUGUAUCUACAUUGCUAAUGAAAGAAUGGUCCUCCGCAUCCAUUUAAGAAAUUUACUUGUGGAAGAUUUGAAUGAAGAAACACUCUAUACAAAAAUAUUAACAACUGAUGAAGAUAAAGUUUUGGAUAUAAAAUAUGUGAGACACACUCCAAAAUUGUAUGUGUGUUCUGAUAUUGAUACAAAUCAAGAUGAUGUUAUGUCACAUGGAACAUUUAAAUUGUCUAUUGGACGAAUGAAUUGUGUAUUAAUUGCAAAGAUACUACAAGAUCUACACUAUUUCUUAUCACCAUUUGCUUCAUCUUUUUUUACACAUUUUGUAAUUUACUUGAAAAAAAAAUGCAUAACAUAUGUUGAAGAAUUUAAAAGAAGUGCUAUAAAAUUGCAUAUUUUUAUUGACAUACAAGGACCUACUUUUCUUCUACCACAGAGAAAAGAUAUUGCAAAUCUCAUAGUUUUUGAUACAGGUAUACUAUCCGUUGAAAAUUUUUUCAAAAAAGUUGAUCUAACGACCCAAACAAUUAAAACUCAUUCUAUUGGAAAUCACAUAAUAAUGGAUAAUAUCCUAUUAAAACUGAAAUCAAUGACUGUGUCUAGAGCUAUUAUGACAUUAAGUAGGGAUUUAGAAGUACAGGAACCUAUCAUUGAGCCUAUUUAUAUUCAUUUUGACAUUAAAAGAAAAACAGAAUAUCAUACUAUAAUGGAAUAUGAAACAUGUGGAUUAUUUAAAAUGCAUGGAUCUAUAGAUUUUCUAUGCAUAAAUCUUAGUCAAAGAGAUUUACAAUCUGUAAUGUCAGUAUGGAAAGAUAAUAUUUCAAAAAUUGUAUUUUCACAAGAAAAAUGUGAAAAUAAAAGAUAUUCUAUGAUGGAUAAAUCUUCAGAAAAUGUGAAUACUGAAAAUGCAAUGGUUAAAAAAUUGGAAGUUUUUCUAGCUCAAAAUGAAGCCAAUUUAUGUGAAGUAAACAUAAAUUUGACUUUGGAUGGAGUGCAAUUAAAUUUGUUUUUAGAUUCAGAUGAGGUGUUGAGUUCACCUGUACGAGAUUUAAAUCAUGGUUUAUGUAAAUUGAAUUUUGGAGAAAUAAUCAAUACGUUUGAUUUUUAUAGUGAUAAUAGUUUCCAAAUGAAACUGUCUCUGCAAAGUGUGAUUUUACAGGAUACACGUAAAGAUUCUCUUGUUAUAAAAAAAAUUAUUCAAUCUCCAGCUAAAUUAAUAGGAUUAAAUAUUGAUUCAUGCAUUUCUGUCUCAUUGUCACCAAUAGUUGAUAUAACAUAUAAUCAAGCACCCACAGGUGAUAAAUGUUUGGAUAUUCUUAUUCAAGAAACAAGGAUUAAUCUGUCAAUACCAUUCUUAUUUCAUCUUGUACGAUAUUUUGUGGAUGCUUUACCACAUGAUCAAAUUGAAGGAGGCAUUAUCAAUCAUGGAUAUGAAAAUAAUAGUGGCACAUAUAACAAUGAUAAUGCAACAGGAUCAGAUAAUGUGAAUUAUGUGCUAUAUUGUAAGGAACAACCAGAUGUUGCGAUAUCUGUACGAAUACAAAAGCCGGAAAUUUUACUAUUUGGAGAUUUGAAAUCCAACAAUACACAUAUAAUAUUAUUUCAAGCUGAAAUAAUCAUAGAGAGUAGUAGCCAUAAUUGUCUCUCUUCAAUAGUUUGUACAAUCACAAACAUUCGUGCUAAAAGUACAAGUCAAGGGACCUAUCUUCGUCAAUCGCCGCAUUGGUUACUUCGUCCAUGUGACGUAGAAAUAUACAAAAAAGAAGAAUUGCUAAAUCAUACUAUGGAUAUUGUAGUUUCUAUAAGUCCUGUUUAUAUUCACCUUUCUCCUGGAAUUAUGCAUACUUUUGUAGAUAUAAUCAAUGAAGCUUUAAGUUUUAUAACAAACAUUGGUUUAAAAUCUGAUAGAACUAUUGGACAUGAUUUUAAUCAACAUACUGAUCUGUGGUCACCCAAAAAUAUAUCUAGCAUACCUUAUAAAAAAGUUGAAAAUGAAUUAUUGGGAAAUAUAGAACUGCUACAUGAUUAUAACAACCAACAUAUAACUUUUUGUUUAAAACCAAUACCAGUAUAUAUAUUAAUAGAAAUGGAGACAAGCAAAGAAAAAGUUCCUAUGAUACGAAUAGAAACUGUUAUUGACAUUAACAUUGAUAAUUGGUACAAAAAUUUUCAUUUAGAAUCAAAGUUAAAUGUUCAUGCAUUUUGUUAUGAUAUUGACCAUAAAGUUUGGGAACCAUUUAUUGACCUUUGUACAAAAGAUGGUACCAAUUAUAAACCAUGGAUAUUAACUAUAAAAAUGUAUAAUGGAGAAUCAUGUAUUAUUGAUUCAAAUUGGACGGAUCCAUGGCAGCGUACAAACGAAGAUACUUUAAAAAAGAAAAAAAAUAUUGAUACUAAUGAAGAGGAGGAUUCAAUGGAUAUGGUCUUUAUCAACCCAGAACACACAAUUUCUUUACAAAUUAAUGGCGUAAACCCUGGAUAUGACGAGGAUUCCGACACUGAUGAUGACGACAGUGCAAGAAAGUUAGCAAAAUCUACGAACUAUUUAUUCUGCAAUGAAAGUAGUGAAGAUGAAGACAGUGAUUCGGCAGAUUCAAGCGCGAAUGAAGACGAUGGCUUAGAUUUACCAUCAACUAGUAACAUCGAACUAUCAAGUCCUGUCACUGACACACAGAUUAAAAUGGCGCAAACAACAUUGUAUAUUAUAAUAUCCACUGAAGAUAUUAUUAAUUUUACGAUUACUCCAAGUAAUCUCGCAAUUAUGAAUAUGAUUAUAGACGCAUUUGUAGAGGUCAAGAAUGGAAUACCUAUAAUACCUACAAAUAUAAGUGAGAUAAAUUUGCAAAAUAAUAUAGGCCAUGCUAGUAGAGUAGAGCUGCUUGUUCAAGAAGAGAUUGAUGGUAAAAGUACUACACGAAUCCUUACUGCACGAAACUAUCAAUGUGACGAUUCUCCUCCUAGUACACCAAACACGCCUGAUAUUGAGCAUAUUUCUCGUAGCACAAGCCCACAAUGGAUUACUAACGAAAAUGGGCUAAUUGAUUUCGAAGAUAAUCCAUCGAAUUGUGCAAUAUUCACGCAAGAUAUAAUUAAUAACGAAUCUCCAGUUUGUCUAUAUAAAAUGAUCACUGAUGAAAUAUUACAUAUAAUUAUCGAAGGUUUUGAAGAUGUUUCAAUAUAUUGUCCAAAACGACAAAGUUGUAGAUUUAUUCCACUUCGACCUGUAAAACAUAAUGUGCAAUAUCAUUUAGUUGUAGAUACGACUAUUGAUAAAAAUUUACAACGUACAAUUUCUAUUCGAUCGCCUCUUCAGAUUCGAAAUGAAACAUCAUAUGCUUUAGCCCUUUAUUAUAAAAAACAAUUGGCAGAAACAUUGAAAUUGGCAGAUAUUGGAGAAGCAAUAAAUCCUUUCGAUGACAAUAUAAGAAUGGGAAUUAUUGAACCAGACUGUAUUUACAAUGUUCCACUUUAUAUUGCAUAUCAUUUUCCUAUAUAUGUAGAACCAGCAUAUUUGGAAAAUUAUCAAAUUAGCGACGAAGGUAUUUAUUGGAAAGAAUUAAGUAUAAUAACUGACACAAGCAAAGAUAUCUUUUGUAAACUAAAAAAUAAUGAAAAUCAAAAUGUAUUUUGCAUAAAAGUAGUGGGUACUGAAGUUCCAAUGUUAAUCCCGCAAGGCUCUAGAAUACCAAAUUAUUUGAUAAAUAUCAUUCCACCUCUUGUACUCAAUAACCAGUUACCUUUUGUUAUUGAUAUUGGAAUACCUUGUAUAAAUUAUGAAGUAAAAAUUGAACCAGGUGAUAAAGUGAAUGUGCACUCAUUAAUGUGUACAGGUGAUAUACAAUUCAAUUUUAAGAUUCAAAAUUAUUUGGGAACUCAAUGGACUGGAACUAUAAAAGUCAAUAUGAAUUUGGAGAGAAAAUUUGUACUAAUGAGUACAGAUAAUGAAUCGUACUUAAGAAAUCCAUUCAUAAUACGUGUUGAAUUAUGUAAAAUUAAAAGCUGGUAUAUUAUUAUCCAUGCUCAAUAUUGGAUAGUUAAUAAAACAGGUUUACCAUUAUUUAUACAGGAAUGUCAUAUAAAUUUGUCCUACGAGAUUCCAGAAGAAGAAUUAUUGAUUUUAUCACAAAAAAAUAAUAAGAAAGAUACUAUUAGAUUGAGAGCUCAUCAAUCUGAAUGGUCUUUGCCAUUUUUUUUGAAUGGAAUCAGUUCUAUGUCUUUAAUUGUUUGCAAAGAUAUUGAACGUGGAAGAAAAUAUCGAAUAUUGGCAGAAAUAAGCAACUCACGUUUGUCUCCAUUAUUCACAAGAAUUAUUACUUUUCUACCGUAUUUUUUCGUUCAUAACAAAACAAAAAAGGCACUAAGAUUUAUGGAAGAAAAUGAUCAUGCUGAUUUAUGGAAUGAUUUAUUACCUGGACAAGAGGUUCCAUUUUGGCCAGUUACAGAAUCUUUGAAAAUGAGGGUGAAAUGGAAACAUAGUCUAUUAGAUUCUCAGCAUUUUGAUAUCACACAGAUCGGAAAAACUGUAUUAAGAAUGGAUAAUGGUUCAGCUCUAUGCGUAGAAAUUGAAGGUGGAACAAAUACUCCAUAUUACAUUGUAUUUCGGAAAUACAUGAUUGGGGAUGUACCAGUGAGAGUAGAUAAUCUUUGUAAUGAACUAUUUCUUAAAAUUAAUCAAAUUAACUCUGGACAAGUGACCUUGUUAAAUCCAUUUCAAAGUACACUGUAUACAUGGGAUGAUCCCAGUCUGUCAAGAGAACUCAUGUGGAAUAUUUACAAUAAUAAAAAAUCUAGUUACAAAGCUCGAUUUGAAACUGAUGGCUUUGGACAAGAAGUUGUACCUUUUAUUACUGUUGAAUGCAGAGAUGGUUGCACUGUAUCCACUGCCAAGUCACUCUUGCAUACAAGAUCAUCCUACUCACAGGAAAAACUAACUACUAGCACUGAUGAUGAUAAAAAUUCUAAUUCUGAAACAAAACCAUCUAGAGUAGGACAAGUGCGAAAAGAUAAGAUUACUAUUUAUUGGGUAAGCUAUAUGGAAGCUGCACAACGUAUCUUAUUAUUCACUGAAGAUGAAAGCAUAUUUUUAAAAGCACGGAGUAUCAUUGAACCUGAAGUUAGCAAACGAGAAAUAUUUCUAUCAAUUGCAGGCAUUGGAGUUAGCAUUAUUUCAAAAUGCAAUGAAAAAAUUAAAGAAUUUAUAUAUGCAAGUAUAACUGAUUCCUCUGCGUGUUGGGAAUUCUGUUUGGGAAAAAAAUGGAAAACUUUAUCACUUGAAUUAAGUGCUUGGUUAGAAAAUAAAUAUGUAAAUUCCUUCAAAAGAACACAAUUGGAUAAUUUUAUUGACGUUGACUUUUUGAAAAUGCAUAUGACAAAACCCUUUUUUGGAAAAUUACGCAGAACAUAUUCACCAGGAAUUUGGAUACAUUGCAGGCAAUCAAUGACAAUGACAUAUUUGCAAGGUUACAUUCAUCGGAUACAGGUAGAUAAUCAACUUCACGAUGUCACUUUUCCUGUUAUCCUACACUGCAGCUUAGAAAAAAGUAUCAUAAAUUUUAUGGGCAAUCAUAAAUCAAAGCAUUGCUUAGAAUUUAUUUUGUUAAAACAGAAAAAGCUGCAUAGAACGAUUUAUAAGGGUAUAAGUGUCAUUCUCAGAAAAUUCAAUAUAAAUCUCCAAGAAGAAGUCGCGCUAUCAUUAAUUAACUUAAUUCCGAAGACCACAGAAACGAAGUAUUCCAUAGCGGCAAAACUUCGAAAGGAUGUUUCGAAUGUCCAUACACAUAUGCAUCACAAAAAUACUGACAACUUACGGCGUAACAAAACCACUAUAAUUGAAUAUAUGUAUAUCUCUCCAAUUAUAAUAUCUUUAAAAUUAUUAGCCAAUACAGAGGGACCUAAAAUAUAUAACUCUAGUGACCUGACAGAUUAUCAUAAUAUUGUUAAAUAUAUUUUCGAAUAUGCAGAAAAUGGAUCUUUCGAAAAACAUGCAGAGUUUAAAUUUCCAUACUAUGAGAAAUAUUUUACUACAACCAGUAUUAAACAAUUGCUCUUGGAAGUAUCACGGAAUUAUACGAUUCAAUUUACACAACAAUUUCAAGUUCUGAUUCAUUCGAUCACGGUUUUAGGAAAUCAAUAUGGUUAUAAUUUCAAAUCUCUAAACAAUAAUUUUUAUGAUCCAGAUUCAAUAUUAAUAUGUGGAGAAGAAAUACCAGAAAAAUUGUCCCAUGAUAUUGCAUGUCUUUUGGGGCAUGCUACUGCUGAUAUUGUAAUUCCAUCGAUUGUUAACUUGAACAACUGUGAAUCACAUAAUCAACGUUCUAAGGAAAAAGAAUUAUAUUUUCAUAGUAUUGACAUAUCUCCAGCCAAGUUCUCUAUAAAUAAUGUUUUCUCUACUGACAUUGAAUUAGAACUUUCUGGCUUGAUUUCUUUGUCAACAAAUAGUCUUCAACGAGAAGAAUUAAAGUACUACUUAAGAACAUUGGGAAAAAAAAUUUCUGCAUUCUUUAAGAUAGAAAAUGCUUCUGCAGAAACAUGUCCUAAGAUAAUAGAGAACAUAAUCAAAAGGAUACAGGAAAUGGGAUGUAAAUUCAUUUCUCGAAUUCGUUUACCGCGAUUCAUCAGCCCUUACAUGGGCGUCGAGUUAUACUCAACGCACAAAGCUAAAGGAAUGCAUUUGUUAGAGCUCAUAAAUAAAGAUUACCACGGACAAAUGGAGGAUACCUAUUGGGCACAUAGUAUACUUUCUAAUGAUGGAAAACAGAUUGCUCUUAUAUCUUUACAACGAGUUUACCUGAUAGAAAAAGCGGCUGCAUGGGGAUUGUGGAAUAUCAAAUGGUCCAUUGACAUGAAUCAUUUAUCUCCACCAACUGUUGUUGAGGAUAAGCUUGUUCUGCACGUAAAUAAGAAUGAGCAAGCGUCAACAGCCGUUGUAGACUGGUAUUUGGAAAGUAAGGAAAUGGAAGUCCUGGAAUGGCUGUGUCGCAAAAUAAAUACUGCAAUGGCUUUGAAUAUGGAGAGCAGUAUUUGUUCCAAACAAGAUGUAUAAUAUAUGAAAGUUGACUAUAAAAGAAAAAUUGAUGUAUAUUUACAUUAGUUCGGCAUAAUAAACUCUAUCAUGAAUGCAA